AUGCCUCCUCCUACAGCUCCCCCAGCUGCGGCUGCAGGUGCACAAGGAGAACAGAGUGCUAUGAGCCCAAUGCUCAGGUCUGCUGCCCAAGGCCUGGCCAUCUUCUUCGGUAUGCAAUUUGUCAUGAACCAAUUCAUGAAUAAGAAGCCCGAAACCACCACUGUGACGGAUCAAUCCGGCCAAGUCAUCUCUGUCCCUGCGAACACCGGCGAAAUCCCACCCUUCCACGCGCGUCCCGACACGUUAGAUGAAGGCGCGAAUUACAACCCUAUUCCCCAACGUAUUGCGCCCAUGUGGCCAUUAGACAUCCCAUUGGAUAUCACGAUUGUCGUUUCUCCCACCUUUGUGUCCGAGCCGGUAGCUAAAACACCCAAGGACAGAAGAGUGGUUGAGGAGAUAGGGUUCAGGUUUGGAGACUACAAGGAGAAUAGGGUUAUUGAUACGGAAUUCACGGUACCGAAUGAAGUAAAGAAUAAUGGAACGCUUUGGGCACAUUUCUAUAUUGGGAUUUCCGGGAGCAAAUUAGAUCCGACAACUGCUGGAUAUGAUCCUAGUCAGGCAUAUCAUUUUGUUUAUCCUUUGACACAGUAUAUUGCCCAGAAGAAGGUUAAGAAGACGAAGAAUCUUCUUGCCGCAAGUGAUGAUGUUGAAGAGGAAGUGGAAGAAGUCCCUACUGGACCCAUUAUCAACUCUCAUUACCAUCCCAACUUCACUAUAUCUUUCAUUCCAGAUUCUGGAGUGAUGCAAUAUCCAACUCUUCAACCAGCUGUCAGACAAUACUUACAGAUGGAGGCGACUGGAGCAAGAGACGCAACUGGCCAGAAUGCCUGGUAUUAUCCAAUUGUUUUUGUUAAUUCUUUCUGGCAACUCAAAACUCACAUGACGACUUUGAAUUCAACCGUCACAAAACUCCCUCUUCACAUCGACUUGAAUAAUUUCGCAAACUGGAAGUUCAGCAUCCUUUCCAGCAUGGAUGAAGGUGCUAAGCAGACUGCCAGGAAUGCUGCUCAAGGUAUCUCUAGCCCAGGUGGAGGAGAUGGUAGCGAGUUUGAGAUGAUCAAGGAGGUCCUUCUCGACACCAACCCUAUUCUUUUGGGUACCACCGUGGUCGUUAGUGUAUUUCAUAUGCUCUUUGAAAUGCUGGCUUUCAAGUCAGACAUCAGCCAUUAUCGCAACAAGAAAAACAACGUCGGUAUCUCAGUCCGUUCCAUCCUUGGAAACGUCUUUAUGCAAGCCGUCAUCUUCCUCUACUUAUUAGACAAUAACGAGAAUACCAGUUGGAUGAUCCUCUUCAGCCAAGGAAUGGGAAUCCUCCUUGAAUUCUGGAAGAUCACCACCGUAGUAAACGUGCGCAUCCGUCCCGCUGAUUCUAUCAUCCCCUACCGCAUCGCCUUUGAAGACAAACACGUCCUAUCAGAAACGGAGGAGAAGACCAAGGAAUACGACGCCGUGGCUUUCAAAUACCUCUACAUGAUAGCCGUGCCUUUGCUCUUCGCUUACGCAGGUUACUCUCUCUACUACGACACGCAUAAAUCCUGGUAUUCGUUCGUAAUCACCACACUCGUCGGCAGUGUCUACGCGUAUGGAUUCCUUAUGAUGGUACCCAGUCUCUACAUCAACUACCGUCUCAAGAGUGUAGCGCAUCUGCCAGCCAAAGCCAUGACGUACAAAUUUCUCAACACGUUCAUCGACGACCUCUUCGCUUUCACGAUCAAGAUGCCCACCCUGCACCGCCUGGCAACUCUAAGAGACGAUCUUAUCUUCUUUGUGUAUCUGUACCAGAGUUGGAAAUACAAGGUUGAUUACACGAGAGUCAAUGAAUUUGGCCAGGGAGGAGAUGAGGAGCAGGUCGAGGAUAAGAUUGCUAAUGCGCCGUUGAAGAGUAUUGCGGGCGCGGAUGCUAGUGUGAGUGUUGGGGAUGAGGGCGCGGAUGAGACGACUGCUAAGACGUCAGGACAUGCUAAGAAAACUGGGGCGAAUAAGAGGAAGUAG